AACAGCUGACUCCCUUUGCUGUGUCACAUCUCAGCUCGACAAGUAGCUAUUAAAUUAAAAGAAGACCUAGCCGGGAAACACGUGUAGCUGUAAGUCGCUGCAAAAUACCUUUAAUGUCUACGGUGGAAAGACAGAAGCAUCAAAGAUAAUCGCUCCAGAGUCGAGAGAGCACAAAUCAAACACGUCGACUUAGCGUGAUGGAGAGUACUUACAGAGAUCUGGAUUUCUGGCCAGUAAAUGAGUCCUGGAAGAAUGGAAGUUUUAACAACGACACGGAAGGGGGAAACCAGACGGCGAACGCCCUGAAGCGAAACGAAGAAGUAGCCAAAGUGGAGGUGGCCGUACUGGUCCUGGUCCUGUUUCUUGCCCUAGCUGGCAACGUGUGUGUCUUGGUGGCAAUCCAUACCACAAAGCACGGCCAGUCACGGAUGUAUUAUUUCAUGAAGCAUCUUAGCAUCGCUGAUCUUGUUGUGGCAGUCUUUCAAGUCCUGCCACAACUCAUUUGGGACAUCACAUUCCGAUUUUAUGGACCCGAUUUCUUAUGCAGACUAGUUAAAUAUCUGCAGGUUGUAGGGAUGUUUGCUUCAACUUAUAUGCUCGUUCUGAUGUCCAUAGACAGAUGUUUGGCGAUAUGUCAGCCAUUGCACUCCUUGCACAGGAGAAAGGACCGCUUUUAUGUAAUUGUCUCUUGGACUCUUAGCCUAUUAUUCAGUACCCCUCAAAUGUACAUCUUUUCCCUGAAGGAAGUGGACAACGGAGUUUAUGAUUGUUGGGGAGAAUUUGUUCAGCCCUGGGGCGCUAAAGCAUAUGUAACGUGGAUUAGUAUCACUAUCUAUAUCAUGCCUGUUACAAUACUGAGCAUCUGUUAUGGACUAAUUAGCUUUCGGAUAUGGCAGAACUUGAAACUUAAAAGGAAAGAGCAUUGCAUAACUCUCACGCCUAAAGCAUCAAAGGGCGCUGCGCUUUCUCGGGUGAGCAGCGUAAAGUUGAUUUCAAAAGCAAAGAUAAAAACUGUUAAAAUGACUUUUGUGAUCGUCGUGGCGUACAUAGUCUGUUGGGCACCCUUCUUCUUCGUGCAGAUGUGGUCGGCGUGGGACCCCGCAGCACCCAGAGAAGAGAUCGCAUUCAUCAUUUCCAUGCUUUUGGCCAGCCUGAAUAGCUGCUGCAACCCAUGGAUCUACAUGUGUUUUGCGGGCCACCUGUUCCACGACCUGGUGCAGCGUUUCGUCUGCUGUUCCACACAUUACCUGAAGUCCUCCCAGUGCCACUGCGAGAGGGAAUCCAGCCACCGGAGCAACACCUCCACCUUCAUGAUCAAGAGCACCACCAGCCAGAGAAGCAUAACACAAACCUCCGUAACAUAAACCCCCUUGCCAGUCUCCUUCCAUGCAGUCCUUCACUUUCAAAAGUAUCCAACCAAACUUACCCAUGUGCUACCUGCCAAUGUUAUAUCCUCCCUCAGCUCCAAAUCCAUACCAGGCUGGAACCUUUAUUGCUUCGAUCAUCAGUUCUUUGCAGCCUUACCUAGUUGAUUGUUUUGUCCAGCACCCACCAGCUAGGCAUUUCAUAAAGCGCUUAUCCUUGCAAGAUCACAAUAAUAACUUUAAACUAACUACGGUCAAAUAAGACAUUUCUAUAACCAGAGCUUAGUUUUUCUGUCCAUACCUUAAAGAGCUUUAUUCACACUGUAGUCAGAAAUGUUCCUUGUGCCUAAAACAGAAAGAAAGAAAAGAACUACUAAUUUUAUUAUGGAAUACAAAUAUUUUAUUUUUUGUUUGAUCAUUUAGGUCAUGAAGAGUUCAGGUGAAACAGUACGUUUCCAAGUACCAAGCAUUGGUUUCAUUAUAUUGUACAGCUCAAUAAAAUCACCAGGCUUCUGUACUAACUGGUUUUUGUUAUUUAAGUUAGUCCUCAAACUGUGGUUUAUUUGUAUCUGUAAUUAUAACAGUUCUUUCAUCUCGCAUAAUAUUAAGCAUGAAAAUGUUAAAAAUUACAUUAUUGUAGGUCAUAUGGUUCACUGAAUAUCUCUCACCCGAAUUACAUUUCCCAUAAACAUUAUAUUUCUGUGAACGCAAUCUGUUGUUGAAGUACACAGUCCAGCUUGUCUGUCGUGCACUCAGUGGCCGCUUUAUUAGGUACCUCUCCUUAGUACCAAAUGCUCCUCCCUCAUCUCCAGAAUCCCUCAAGGUUUAGGGACUCAUACAAUUGGGAAUACAAAUCAGUAAAAACCCUUAGAAAGUGACUUUUUCAGAAAUGUCUGGCACUCAUAGUACAUUUAAAAUCACUUAGACCAUGUGUCUUGGCUGUUCUAAUGUUUAAUGUAACAGUAGCUGGACCAUUUUGCUAUCUGUAUGCUAUAUAUAUUUAGCUGCAGCAACAGGAUUCACUGUUUGGAGGAACAGACUUUGUAUUAAGUAACAGAGUUUGUAUUAAGGAGCAGGUGUACCUAAUAAUUUAGCCACUGAGAGUAGCUUAUUUGGGGUAACUGUAUUUGUAUGUUUUUGUUACUCUGCACACAAACGUUACUUAUUGGACACGGUAAGAAUAAAUAUCAAGUGAACAUUAGUUUUAAUGAAUAUAUAAGUAAAAUAACACUUGUUUUUUCAUGGGGAAAAAAAUCCAUAUUAUUUUUUUUCAUACAACAUACUAGCAAAUAUCCAGUUAUAUAAAAUACUGUAUACAUGACAUAUUUUAAAUUGAAACAUACUUCUUCCAUCAUCUUUUUGCAAACACAAAAAUCCUUAAUUUAGUAUUUUCCACAAACACACCCCUCUUAGGUGUAAUUUCCCUAACUAAAACAAAUUUCAUCUUUUUACUCUGACGUCUGUUGUUAGUAGUUCAAUUACAUCUGAAAACAAACUGCAGGUACACCAGCCCAGCAGUGCAAGAACUGCAGAUUGCACCCGAUUUACAUUCAUGUUUUUAAUGGAUUCUUUCAUCCAUCUGUUGCACAAAUUAUGUAACAGUACAUUUUAAACAUCCAGUCGCACAAGCAUAGUGUAAAUCUGGCAAUGUUGUGGAAAAGCCAUUGAAUAUCAAAUUCCGAAAAUUAAGUAAUAUAAAAUAUCAGGGUAAUUUCUCUUCACUGCAGAGAUAAUAUUUUGGAAGAGCUCAUAGUAUUAUAGAACCUUAAAUUACAUUUUGAAAAUGUAUG